AUGACUGCUUUAUACGCUGCCAGGGCGGCUAAAACUCUACCAAUACAUUAUGCCUUGUAUACUUCCAAUCGACUAGGACUUAUCUUUUCAAUUGGCACUCGUAUCUUCUCUCAGAGUCACAUACUUGCCAAACAAUCUAGCCCAAAGCCUUCAUCCAAAAAAUACACACCGAAAAAUGCAAUACCAGAAACAUCCUACUCUAACAAAACCAUCUCUACAACUACACCAUCUCGACCAGAGGCGUUAUAUAAGUCCAUCCUGUUCGAUAAAUCACUAUCGAAAUCUGAUCCUAGCCCCGCCUCUUCAAAGCCACAAUACCCCCCUCGACCAAGGUCACGCCCUCCUCCAACACCCUCUGAGUAUAAAUUACAUAGAGAGAGAAUAAAAAGCAAAUAUCCAGAGGGAUGGGCGCCUCCUCGAACCAUAUCUCGGGAUGCAAUGGAGGUCUUACGAGCCCUGCAUGCAAGCGAUCCCGUCCAGUACCGAACGCCCGUACUCGCCAAUAAAUUCAAAAUCAGCCCGGAGGCAGUAUCCAGAAUACUCAAGAGUAAAUGGAGGCCAUCCCCCGAGCGCGUUGCAAAGAUGAUCGCACGGGAGAACUUGAACAAGGACAAGCGGAUUGCCGAGAAGAUUAAGAUGGAGCGGGCAGAGGUUGCCAAGUCGCUGGAAGGCCGUUUGGAUAUAGUCGAAAAAGCUCAAGGGAAAGACAAGUUAACCAUGAAAUAG